AUGUCGUCUUUCUGUUCCUGCGACGGGUACGCGCCCUUGGUCUUCCAAAACUCUUGCAUGAUCGCCCUCUGCUCCUCGCUGUGCAUCCUCCACCCUAAACCCGGAACAGACUUCGUGUGCUGCGGCGCACCCACGGGCGCGGGCGCGGGCGCGGCGGCGGCGGCGGUGGCGGCGGCGGCGGCGGGCGCUUCCUUCUUCUGCUUCUUCGGCGGCGGCGUCCUCGGGUCCUCGGUGAGCCACAACCGCGUCAUCGGUUUCAACCUCGAGUCCAAAUCCAAAAGCCUGAGAUGCUUCUUGUUCAUCUUCACGAGCGCGUCCGCGUCUAACCCGAACUUCGCCGCGAUCAUCACCGGCGUGUCGUCGUCGUUUGAAAAGUACAGGUCUCCGAGCGCGGUUUUCGUCGCGACGCCCAUCGCGACGCCGUAUCCGGCGACGAGAUUCUUCUCCUCCUACGUGAGCCCGGCGGCGUCGCGCCCGCUGAUGAGGUUCGACUUCGGCUUCGGCUUCGGCUCGGUCGGUCGCUCUCGCGUCGGCGGCGGCGGCGCGAUCGAAUCUUCGAUCGCCGCGGACAUCUUCCACCAUCGCGUCUCGCCUCCUCCUCCUCCUCCUCCUCGCGGGUAUCGCAGGAGCUCGCGCGAGGUCCACUCCACCUCGAACGUGCCGUCGAAGCGCUCCGCGUCGUCCGUCCUCGGCGAAAGCCCCGCGUCGUCGUCGUCGUCGCCGCCGCCGUCUACGCGCGCCGCUUCGGGAGCGGCGUCGCGCACGGCGGUGUCGUCGUCGCGAGGCGUCGUCGGAAGGUCCGACGAGGGCGCGUCGUCGUCGCGCACGAAUUGGAGUUUAUCCUCCUCAUUGUUGGCACCCACCCCGUCGUCGUCGCGGUCGCCGUCGUCGCCGUCGCGCGUCGGGGCCUCCGCCUCCGCGACCGCGCGCUGCGACUGCGUCGACGCCGGCUCGAGCUGCGUCGGGAUGAUCGCGGAGUCCUCGUCGGAGUCGGACCCGCCCUCGGGCUCCAUGACGGCGGCGCGCGUCCCGCGCGCGUCCGAGACUGACAUGUGGGGGAAGACCUGCGGACGCGCGCAUCGCGAUCGCGAUCGCGCUCGAGCUGGACUGCGACCAGACUACCAGACAGCAGACACAGGCAGGGAGGAGGCCGUUCGGCGAGGGCGACGACGCGCGGCGACGCGCACACGCCAACGCGCGCGACGGUCGUUCGGUCGCGUCCGCGACGGCGCCGCGUCCGCGCGAGCACGUCUUCGAGCGCUCACGCGUCCGCGACGCGGCGCAGGUCGUCGGCAUCGCGACGGGGGGCGGACGCGCGAGCGGCGUCGUCGUCGAAUCUCGGCGCUGCGGGGGCCCGGAGGCAAUCUUAAAGCGGCAUCCGACGGAAUGGGCGAGGAGGAGACCCCGCCCGCGGCGGAGCCGGAGGCGACCGAGCCCGCCGCGGAGCCCGCGCCCGAGGCCGAGCCCGCCGCGGAGGAUGCCGCGCCGGAGACGCCCGCGCCGGCGGCGGACGCGGACGCCGCGGCGGGCGCAGACGCAGACGCGGGCGCGGGCGCGGGCGCGGGCGCGGGCGACGACGCGGACGCCGCCAGCGCGGCGCCUCCCACGGCGCCGGACUCGCCCGCGCCGGUCACCACCGGCGACGGCACCCCCGCGGAGGUCGGAACCCCCGCGGACGCGGCGACGACGGACGCGGACACCCCCGCGGACGGCGCGACGCCGGCGGACGGAUCGCCGUCCAAAGACGCCAACACGGACGCGGACGACGAGAGCGACGGCGACGGCGACGGCGACGAGGAAGGCUCCCCGGCGAAAGACAGCGAAGGCGGCGGCGUCGGCGACGGCGACGGCGACGACGACGACGGCGGCGACGCGGACGGAGAGCGCGCGAACGGGGCGGACGGCGGCCGCGACGCGGACGGAACCCAGUCCGACGACUCGGACGCGGAGCUCGCGGAUUUCUACCGACGCGACGGAGCCGCGGCGCAUGACAUCGAAGGGUUCAACGACGACUUCGUCGCGCAGGGGCAGAGCGACAGCGACGAGGACGAGUACGCCGCGGAGAUGGUGAAGCUGGCCAAGGAAACGGAGGUCGCGCUCGCGUCGCUCGAGAGCGAAAAGAAGGGGGGCCAGGGUAAGAAAGACGACGGCCCCGACGAGGGCGAACUGCUCGAGGAGGAGAUUCGACGCGUUCAAGACGAGGUCUUCAAGCUCGAUCGCGUCAACUCCGAGCUCGAGAAGAAAGCCGCGCAGGUCGUGAAGCGCGCGCCCGGGGCGGCGGGGAGCGGCGCGAGCGCGAGCGCGAGCGGCGGCGCGAGCGACGCCGGGUCCGACGCGGGGCCCGGCAAGAAGAAGCCAGCUGGCGCGAAACCCGCCGGCGACGACCCUCGAUCGGACCAAAAGACGGAGCAGAGGUACCACGCCGCGCUGACGCGAUGGGAGUCGUCGCGCGAUGAGCUGAAUCGCGUCGAAGCGCACUACGACGACGCGAUCGCGCGCGCGGAGGCGUACCUGGAGGCGCGCGAGACGCGCGCGCGCGACGUCCGCGACGCGUUCGCCGCCUUCAAGCUCGAGGCGCGUUCUUCUUCACACUGGUUCCCAUACGACCGCGUCGGCGCGGCGCGCGCCGAUCCUUGA